CAUCACCGAGCUCAAGAAAGAAGUCUGCCCAGCAACAACUUUGCCGCCUUUGAGAAGUACUCUGCAGCUGUCCGUUGGAUCCUCAACAGUUCAAGCUCAAGUUUGAGAUGGUGUCGCGUGGACAAAAAGCAGCAUGUUACCUUUCGCGAUAGUUGAAUUUAUAAAUGGUGGAGGAUUGGCAGUUGUACCGACCAAAUGGUUUAUCGGGCCUGAGGAGGAUGAAUGCUACUGGCCACCAGCAAGGAUGAUCAUGGCAAAGGCAGUCAUAGAUCAACAGGACCCUCACACUGACUGGGUGACAUACAAGUUGACUGUCAAGAGAAAAAUCGCAACUUAUGAAACUGCCCGCACAAAAUUAGUCGAGUAUGAACAGAACACAGAUGUACCAACAGAGUCCGAUUCUACAGAGAAUAUGGGAAAGGGGAAGCGUAAAAAGAGAUCUGUGCUGACACCUCCACUUGCUCCAUCCAACCUCAGAUCUGCGCAAACACUUCCACCGCCUCUAUCCACCCUCAGAUCUUCACCUUCACUGCCUCCAUCUAGUAGGCCUACACUUCCACCACCUCUGGGUAACCUAAGAUGGCCCGAUGUUUCCACCAGUCACCAUGUCACCACGUCACCAGCAACCCCUCGAAGACCAAUCAGGGACAACAUGUUUGUCCGCAUCUUAACCAUCCUUGAGGAGAUGAAAGAGACACAAAAAAUCCAAGGGAGGAUGCUACAAACGCUUCUACAACAGCGUGGCAACAUUGGCACCACUGUCUCUUCUACCCCAGAGGGUUUUCCUCUAAAGACAGUUAGGGAUGUGGAAAUCAUAGAAGAAAAACUGGAAAACCCAAACUUCAUGUCCGAACUGGUUGAAGCUGUGACUGACAUAGGGGGGGGAACUGUAGACGAGGCCACAAGAAGGAUGAUGACCUUCCUGCUAGACCAUGGCCUAUCCAGGCAGUACAACUUUGUGGGCCGAAACGGGAAGAGAGAGUUCAAGGCCUUAAAACUGUAUGAAGUAAUAUAUGGAGGCUUAAAGAAAAACGCCAUGACCAGCCAAAUCACCCGUAAAGAUGCAGAGAAGGCGGUCUCCAAGUGGCUCAUUGGUGCUAGGGACCGGGGGGGUAACAGACAGGCCCGACAGACAACGCCUCAACAAGGACUUCAGGCCUCAGGCUCAUCUGAGGUGUAA